UGCAGAACACAGCAUUGGCCAAUUCUGUAAACUUUGCCCCAACAGACUGAGUCAAUAAAUUCACCUGUCAUAGCUUUCUGCCUUCAGUUCUGGGUCAGGAAAAGUCUAAUUCAGUGGCCAUGGCAUUAAAGGGAACAUUGAUUUGGAUUUGCUCACUAGCAGUCUUGUCCUUGUCUGCAACUCAACAUGAAACUUCACCUCACAACAAACAGCCUCAGCUGUUUGAGCGUCUAAAUGCUGAUCUUAAGAUAGGAACAAAAACAAGUGUUCUGUCUGCUAUGAACCAACAGGUGGCAGUAGAGUCUGGCGAAAACCUGCCAGCAACACUGACUGCACAGCAGUCAGCUGCACUGCUGCUUCUCGUGAGGAAUCUGGCUGAUUCUCUGCACAAACAUCAGCUGAAAGACUGCCAAGGUUCUGAACCAAAAAACUGCACUGAAGCCGAAGUGCCCAAGAAUGGAGGGUUGGCGUGUGUCACAGUUGCCAACAAGCGCUACUGCAAACCUAUGUGCAACUAUGGUUACGAUUUUAAUUUCCUUAGGAGGAGUCGUUUGUUUGAGGAAUGCAGUGAGCAGACAGGACAUAAAUGGGUAACCCAGUAUGUAGGAGGAAACAAGUUGGCCAUGUGCAAUGAGGCAUCUAGUCAAAUUUCAGGAGCAAAAUCUGCAUAUUUUCCAAAAGAUCAAGAUUGCCUGACAACCAAGAGCAACAGCGACCUGCAGAACAGCACAUUGGAAAUUUUGACCAGAGAGCUGCAGAGUCAAGGCAUACAGGGAGACCCACAGUAUCACUGUCUUGUCUGUGGAUGAUGUGGAAAAAAGUGUAUCGACGGAGUUGUGAAUGUUGCAGUGUUAAAAGUCCCUAAAUAAAGCUUUGGAAGUAGUUCACCACUGUAUCAAAAUUAAACUGUCUUCAAGUUUUUAGAUUAAAAGUAUUUCAGAACUUGA